AUGGCGCCUCUUCGUGAGUUCACGGUGGCCCCUAUCAUACUGUGGCUGUCAACAUCUAUUCUUGCUAGAAGCACCAAUGACACGUACACGGGCAACAACUCGCCUGGCCUGCCCAUGGUGAUCAACACGUGGGGAGGGCCGUUUACAGCAGCGACUGACGCCGCUUACCUCGCUCUCCUUCAGCCUGAGACGUCUGCCCUCGACGCCGUCGAGAUUGGAUGCUCCACCUGCGAAGCAAAUCAGUGCGAUGGGAGCGUGGGGUUCGGCGGAUCUCCAGACGAGAACUGCGAGACUACCCUUGACGCUAUGAUCAUGGACGGAACGACCAUGAAGUCGGGCGCUGUCGCCGCGCUGCGCCGCGUCCGCGACGCGGUCUCCGUCGCUCGAGCCGUGCUCGAGCACACCACGCACUCUCUGCUGGCGGGCGACCUCGCAACCGACUUCGCGGAAUCCAACGGCUUUGCGGUUCAGGACCUGUCGACGCCCGAGUCGAUCGCGUCGUGCGCGCGGUGGCGCGCUGCCGCCUGCCAGCCCAACUACCGCCUACGCGUGACGCCGGACCCGGCGACCUCGUGCGGGCCGUACUCGCCGUCGGCGGGAGACGAAUACGGGGAAGAGCCGUCGGGAACGGCGAGGGAAGGCCACGACACCAUCUCCAUGAUCGCGCUGCACGCCUCGGGUGCCAUGGCAGCGGGCACGUCGACGAACGGCGCGGGGCGCAAGGUGCCGGGGCGCGUGGGCGACGGGCCCAUCGCCGGCAGCGGGUCGUACGUCGACGGGGAGGUGGGCGGCUGCGGAGCCACGGGCGACGGCGACAUCAUGAUGCGCUUCCUGCCGUGCUACCAGGCGGUGGAGAACCUCAGGCUGGGGAUGGACCCGCAGAGGGCGGCCGCGGACGUGGUGCGCCGCAUGGUGCGCCGGUACCCCGCGUUGCAGAGCGGGAUCGUGGUCGUCGACAGCCAGGGACGGCACGGCGGCGCGGGCUCGGGCUGGACCUUCACGUACGCGUACCGCGGCGCAGGGAUGAACGAAACUAUCGUGGUCAGUGUGCCGCCGCUGAACGAGGGUGCUGCGGCGGGGACGGGCGAUCUGCGGAAGAGUUAG